AGCUGUACUUCAGGUAAACAUCACAUCUGUUGUAAAUGAUCGAGGUAACACGUGUAAACAAAGGAUGGAGGCAAAACGGAAAGGCGGCGAGUCAUUAAGUUCUAUGGAUCAGGAGUUUGAGAUAAGGAUAGAGCGGUCACUUUCGACAGACAAAACUGAUGUCCUUGAAAAGCUGGUCCAGUUACUGCGACGCCUACUUGAUUACUGCCUCUGUUGUCUAUCCUGUGGCUGUAUACCAUUACCAGAACAAACCGGCAGUCUGAUCGAUGACAACUAUGAAAUGAUUCUACUAGAAAAUGAAAGACAGGCUGUUGGCAAUCUUCUUCACUAUCUUGAGCAUGAAGCUAAUGGUGACCCAGUUUUGAAUGAUGAACAUGUGAGGGCUCUCAGUAUAUUGGCCUCCUCUGACAAUGUGGAACUACAGAAAUCAGCAGCGCUGUGUUAUACUGAGAUCAGUGAGAGAUCCAAAACUCCACUGACCAUUGAUGUGGCAACGCCGCUAGUUCAGCUCCUCAAAUCACAGGACCUCCAGGUACAGAAACUGGCAACAUUGGCCAUGAGCAACUUCACUUUGUGUGGCCCAGAAUCUAACAAAGACACUAUUGGUAAAUGUGGAGGGAUCAGGGCCCUAGUGUGUCUUCUACAGUCCAAUAAUACAGAUGUACAGUGUAACACUGCAGGGUGUAUCACAACACUAGCCACCACAGAUGCCAAUAAACAACAGAUCUUUGAUGACCAGGCCAUUCAUCAUCUACUGAAGCUGAUGAAGUCACAAGAUUUACGAGUACAAAGAAAUGCUGCUGGUGCUAUUUUAAAUCUUACUCAUCUUCAAAAUCACAGGAAUUAUUUGGUAGCGGGAGGAGUGAUUCCUACCCUGGUCGACCUCCUCCAGUCUCCGGACCUGGAUAUACAGUACUACAGUGCUGCCUCCCUCAGUAACAUCGCUGUCAACGAAAAACACAGAGCUCUAAUGGUCGCUAUUGGCCACACAGACGUCAUACGAAAUCUCAUCAAACUUGUGUCUGUCAAGGCAGAAAAGGUACAAUGUCAGGCAUGCCUGGCCUUGAGAAACCUUGCAUCUGAUGGUAAUAACCAAUCCCUUAUUGUAAAGCAUGGUGCAUUGCCACGGUUACAAAAAGUGUUAAGGACCAGUCACAAGGACACUCUGGUGGCUGCAGUAGCAUGUCUUCGGAACCUGUCAAUACAUAAAGCCAACGAGGUGGUGAUUAUGGCUAACAACUUUGUGAUAGAACUAUGUCAUGUCUUGUGUGACAGUCAAAACCCUGAGGCCCAGAGACAUGCCGCAGGAAUCCUACGCAACUUAGCUGUGGGCCAGUAUAUCCGGGACUUGGUGGAGCAUGACUGUGUAGAGGCCUUGACCUUUGUACUGUUGGGGUUAGAGACCAGGAUUAAUACUCUUAAGGAAGUGACAGCUGCUCUGGCUGUGUUUGCUGAUGAAGAUGAUGUUAAAUACAAGCUGCUUCACCUGCAUGGUGGGAAAGUUUUCAGUAAGCUGGUAACUUUAGCUUCUCUGUCCACCCAAUCAGAAGUCCAGUACAACAGUGUGGGAACUCUGGGUCAACUCUUCCUUGUAGAAAUCCCUGAGGAAUUGAAAACAGUGAAUAUCUCUGGUAUAGUGUUAUACAUAGACAUGUUCCUCAAGUCACCUGACCCCAACUUCACUCACAUCGCUCUCUGGACCUUGGUACAGCUUCUCAAAGAUCCUGUGUUCCUCAAGGCGUUUCAAGAUCACAGUAUAGAACCAGUUGUUGUCAAACUAGCCUCCACCUUACAGCCCUCCACCAUCGAAGAGCUCGCCACAACUGUGCUGAAAAAGCUUCGGGUGGAAGAAGAAUCAACGUCCAGUGAUGACUGACACUUGCAUAGAUGUAACUUAACCUGUCCAGAUAUUGUAGCCAUUUUAUUGGCAUCUUAAGCAACGAAAAGGCUGGACAAACAGGAAAGUUAUAAUCAACUGGUCACAUUAAAUGCAUAAUUAAUAUUCUUUCAUUAUCUUUUGCAUAGUUGAUGUGUUCAUGCAUUAAAUCAAACUACCAGUGGUGUCCAACUCUAUUAUAAUCACAGAUUCAGGUUAACACACUCAACUUUCACCUACAUUAUGUAGGCAGCUGGGAUUAGGGUUCAAUUCCCCAAUUUGGUGUGAGACACCAACCCCACCACAUGGAUUUUCCCCCACAAGUGCCCUGGUUUCCUCCCUCAGUAAGACCCCCUUACAUGCUUCCAUCUAGGUCAACAAUUUAUAGAAUGUUUUGCAAUUAUUGUAAAAAAAAACUGUGUUACAGAUUCAGGAAAUAGUUUAGGGUUUUUGGUCAAAUUGAAAUAUUGGCAACACAAUGAAUAAAUGCUUGCAUAGUUUUUGAUAGCAGACAUUGUAUAUUCACAGUAUAAGAGUUUCAGAAACAUCCCAGUCAUUCAUGUUAUAAUAGCUAGUCCUUAGUACAGACUACACCUACCAUCUUAUAAAUAUCAAAAUAUGGGAUAUAGAACUACUAGCAGUUAAGAGAACUGGGCCAGUAUUCAUAAAAAUGGUACUCGUGCCCAAAUGUACAUUUUUUGCUAAGACUUAGGAAAUUUGAUAUAUGGAUGAUGAUGAUGAUGAUGAUGAUGCUUUAGGGUUUGUUGCUAAACAUUGGUAUGCAACUUCAGUAUGAGUAGCUACAGAUCAAGUUCGGGUUUCAGAGUUUUUGGGUCAAGGUCAAGAUCACUGUUACUAUUUUUAGCUAGGGCCGGUAGGGGACAUAUAUUGCUUUAGCAAUACUCUCAGAAUGCUUGUUUAACAUAAUUUUAUACAUAAAUAGCAUUGUAAUGCUUAUUUUACUUCAUCUCUCAAAUAAUUUAAUCUAAUGCAAAAUCAUGGCAGGAGUUCCUUAGUGUUCAUUUUUGAGGACACUGCUUUCUUAUGAUGCUUGCAAUUUGUGUUUUUCAAAAUGUUCAAUUAGAUAAAUAUCAUGUCGAUAAUUAUGAUAUAAAUUUGUAUGUGUCUAUAGAAGGGUAGAAGUGGACAACUGUUUACAGCUUAAACAGUCAUUUCAUUUAUUAUUGUAUUGUGUAACCUAUGUGCCAUUUAGCAGUGGUUUUUUGUGUAAUUUUUAGAUUCCAAUAAGUGUAGAAAGUUAAUUGGUGAAUGUUACACAAGCUGGGAUAAUGUAUACAUUGUAUUUCUAUGAUAUUUCUAUUUUUAAUUAGUUUAUAUUUUUCCCUUUCUCUGAGCCCUGGACAUAAAAACUUAAUCAAAUUGCUUUUUAAUUCAAUUUUAAAGCAUAACAAAACAAAAUUAGUUUAUUGUUACACAGUAGAUUGAAAUAUUCUGAAUUGAUCAGAUCAAAAUGGUCAUGGAAUUGGGGAACUUACCACAAUGAUAUUAUUUAACUGUUUACCAAGAUAUCCAGUUUUGAAUCUUCACAUCUAACAAUACUGUAUGGUCUAGUCUUGUGUUGAAUUACACUAAGCCUUAUAAUAGAAAUGUGUUUGGUACCAGGGUAAUAUUUGUUUCCAAUUCAGGGUGUUUGGUACCAGGGUAAUAUUUAUUUCCAAUUUGGAAUGUUUGGUACCAGGGUAAUAUUUGAUUCCAAUUCAGGGCGUUUUGUACCAUGGUAAUGUUUGUUUCCAAUUCAGGGUGUUUGGUACCAGGGUGAUGUUUGUUUCCAAUUCAGGGUGUUUGGUACAGUACCAGGGUGAUGUUUGUUUCCAAUUCAGGGUGUUUGGUACAGUACCAGAGUAAUGUUUGUUUCCAAUUCAGGGUGUUUGGUACAGUACCAUGGUAAUGUUUGUUUCCAAUUCAGGGUGUUUGGUACCAGGGUGAUGUUUGUUUCCAAUUCAGGGGGUUUGGUACCAGGGUAAUAUUUGUUUCCAAUUCAGGGUGUUUGGUACCAGGGUAAUGUUUGUUUCCAAUUCAGGGUGUUUGGUACCAGGGUAAUGUUUGUUUCCAAUUCAGGGUGUUUGGUACCAGGGUGAUGUUUGUUUCCAAUUCAGGGUGUUUGGUACCAGGGUGAUGUUUGUUUCCAAUUCAGGGUGUUUGGUACCAGGGUAAUGUUUGUU